CAAAUCUCAAUAAAUAUAAAAUACUCCGUAAUUGAUUAUCAAAUUCUAAAGUGAUUAAGUGAGUAGGGAGUAUAAAAAAAGGAAAUUCCGUUUGACCGCCGGGCACACUUCCCUGCUCGGCCCUCUCCCGCCAUGGCCAUACCUUCAGCAAUCUCUAUCUCCUCUCACCCUUUCCCCAUUACCUCUCUCACUAUUCACAAGCCUUCUUCUUCUUCUUCUUCUUCUCUAACGCUAUAUAAUAAGCGUCUUCCCCAUUUCCAAAACCCCGGCUUCUGCUCCGCGAAGCCGCUUCAACGAUCUCGAACUAUCUGCAAGUUCUCAAGGUCCAUUUUUCCGUUCGAAUCUCAUGUCUCGGAUGAGAACGAAGACUACGACGAGGAGUACGAAGACGACGACGAUGAGGAAGCCGCGGAAGAGUAUGAAUACGUAUCGGACGAGGCCUCCGGUGGAGGCGAGGACGGCGAGGGCGAAGGGGAGUCUGAGAAUUCGAUUGGUGCGGCGGAAGAGGGUAAAUUGAGGUUUGAGGAGUUUAAGUGGCAGAGAUUCGAGAGGAUUUGUAAGGAUGUCCGGGAGUUUGGAGAAGAGAUUAUAGAUUUUCAUGAGCUUGCUUCAGUUUUCAGUUUCCGAAUUGAUAAGUUUCAGAGGCUGGCGAUUCAAGCUUUUCUAAGAGGCUCUUCUGUUGUGGUGUCUGCCCCAACAAGUAGUGGCAAAACUUUAAUUGCUGAAGCUGCUGCUGUGGCGACCGCCGCAAGGGGAAGGAGAUUGUUCUACACUACCCCUCUCAAGGCUUUGUCAAACCAGAAAUUUCGCGAAUUCCGUGUUGGAAUGGCUUCAUCGGACAGUGGGCUUCUUCACGUUGAUGUGAUAGUUUUGGAUGAAGUACAUUAUCUAAGCGACAUAUCUCGGGGUACAGUUAUUUACUGCCCAAAGGAUGUUCAACUUAUAUGUCUGUCAGCAACUGUUGGCAAUCCAGAUGAGUUGGCUGGUUGGAUAGGUCAGAUUCACGGCAGAACUGAGUUGGUGACCUCGCAUAAACGUCCUGUUCCAUUGACUUGGCACUUCUCAACAAAAGGAGCUUUACUACCUCUUCUCAAUGAAAAAGGCAAAAGCAUAAACCGCAGUUUGUCACUCAAUAAUCAACAGCUUGAUGUAUCUGGGGCUAUUUUACAUAAGGAUGGAUGGUAUAGGAGGAAGUCACGAAGACAUGAAAGUGAUGUAAAUUUACUCUCUAAGAAUGAGAAAACUGCUCUUCGCCGCUCACAGGUGCCCCAAGUUGUUGACACAUUAUGGCAACUGAAGGAAAGGGGUAUACUUCCAGCAGUGUGGUUUAUUUUUAGUAGGAAGGGAUGUGAUGCAGCUGUUCAAUAUCUUGAAAACUGUAUGCUACUAGAUGAGUGUGAAGCGUGUGAAGUUGAACUCGCCUUGAAGAGGUUCCGAGCUCAAUAUCCUGAUGCAGUGAGAGAAUCCUCUGUGAAGGGUCUUCGACAAGGGUUGGCGGUACAUCAUGCUGGCUGUCUUCCAUUGUGGAAAUCAUUUAUUGAAGAGCUAUUUCAGCGAGGACUCGUUAAGGUUGUCUUUGCGACUGAGACACUUGCUGCUGGAAUUAACAUGCCUGCUAGGACAGCGGUUAUUUCAUCUCUCAGCAAGAGGGCUGACAGUGGACGUGUCUCAUUAAGCUCAAAUGAGUUGUUCCAAAUGGCCGGGCGUGCUGGUCGUAGGGGUAUUGAUGAAAUGGGUCAUGUAAUCCUUGUUCAGAGCGCAUAUGAAGGUCCUGAAGAGUGCUGCGAACUUCUAUCUUCUGGACUUGAACCCCUUACCUCACAAUUUACUGCUUCUUAUGGAAUGGUUCUAAAUCUUCUAGCAGGGGCCAAGGUUACACGAGGAUCAACUGAACCAGAUGAGCUGAAAAUAUCACAAGGACGGACUUUGGAGGAAGCAAGGAAAUUAAUUGAGCAGAGUUUUGGAAAUUAUGUGGGGAGCAAUGUUAUGAGUGCUUCAAAGGAGGAGCUUUAUAGAAUAGAAAAGGAGAUUGAGAUGUUACGUUCAGAAAUAAGUGAUGAAGCAAUUGAUAGAAAGAGCCAGAAGCUUUUGUCAGCAUCAGCUCAUCAGGAGAUUUCCAAUCUUCAGGAAGAUUUAAGAGCUGAAAAACGCCUACGUACUGAACUGCGAAGAAGAAUGGAAGUGGAAAGAAUGCUUUCUUUGAAGCCUUUGUUGAGGGAUCUUCAGAAUGGGCAUCUACCAUUUGUUUGUCUGCAGUACAAUGAUGUAGAUGGAGUUCAGCAUGUAGUUGCCACUGUUUAUUUGGGAAGUAUUGAUCUAUUGACUGCUCCAAAACUUAAGAAUAUGGUAAACUGUGCUGAUUUGUCUGCUCUAAAUAUAGAAGCAGAAAGUAACGACAUUGGUGGAGUUGAUGGUGAAGAUAAUUUGAAGCCAUGCUAUCACGUGGCUCUGGGUUCAGAUAACUCUUGGUAUCUUUUCACUGAAAAGUGGAUUAAAACAGUCUACAGAACAGGCCUCCCAAAUGUUGCCUUAGCUAAAGGUGAUGCUUUGCCUUGUCAAAUUAUGACGGAACUUGUUGAGAAGGGGGCUAUGCAAUGGCAGAAGUUGGAAGAGUCCGAAUUUGGAGGUUUAUGGUGCAUGGAGGGAUCUUUGGAGACAUGGUCUUGGAGUCUAAAUGUGCCAGUAUUGAGUACUCUUUCUGGGGAUGAUGAGGCCCUCAAGUUUUCUCAAGCAUACGAUGAGGCAGUAGAAUGCUAUAAAGACCAAAGAAAUAAAGUAGCUCGUUUAAAGAAAAGGAUCUCACGAUUGGAGGGAUUUAAAGAGUACAAGAAGAUCAUAGAUAUGGCUAGAUUCACAGAGGAGAAAAUUAGAAGGUUGAAGGUCAGGUCAAAUCGUUUAACAAAGCGGAUUGAGCAGAUUGAGCCGACUGGGUGGAAAGAGUUUUUAGAGGUCAGCAAUGUCAUCCAUGGAAGCAGAGCAUUGGAUAUCAACACACUUGUUGUAUUUCCGCUUGGUGAAACCGCAUCAGCAAUUCGAGGAGAAAAUGAACUCUGGCUUGCCAUGGUUCUUCGAAAUAAUUUAUUAGUAAGUUUAAAACCUGCACAACUUGCUGCUGUCUGUGGAAGUCUAGUUUCUGAAGGGAUAAAACUUCGGCCUUCAAAAAGCAGCAGUUACAUAUAUGAACCCUCUGCCGUUGUCUUGGAUGUCGUGAAGUUAUUAGAAGAACAAAGAAUCUCACUUCUUGAACUUCAAGAGAAACAUGGGGUAAAUAUACCUUGCUGCCUAGAUAGCCAAUUCGCUGGCAUGGUUGAAGCUUGGGCUUCUGGUCUAACUUGGAGGGAGAUGAUGAUGGACUGUGCUAUGGAUGAAGGAGAUCUAGCCCGCCUUUUACGAAGAACAAUUGAUUUAUUGGUUCAGGUUCCUAAACUUCCGGAUAUCGACUCACUACUACAAAGCAAUGCCAAAAGUGCAUCUAAUGUGAUGGAUCGUCCACCCAUAAGUGAGCUGGCUGGUUGAAAUGGGCUACAAAGUAAUAUACCCCACUUGAACUGUUCUUGUAAAAGUAAUGCAACCGCAAGCCAGACUAUGUUUUCAACUACAAUACAACCUCAGGAACCAAAAGGAAUUUCAUUUUCCUCGUUGAUGUGCGCGUGAAAAGAGCUAGAAACAAUGUGGAUCAAGAAAUCUCGUUCUUUUCCCAAACGUUUUGCACACAAUUCUCACCAGAAAGUAGCGGAUUCUUUCAGGUACAAAACCCACUUCAAAUCCAGACACCAGAAUAUCAUACCAAACGAGUUUGAAGAUUGUGUAGUAACCCUCAAUAAAAGAAUUCCCCCUUUUAGCACCGGCUAAUAUUCAUUUAUUAUGCAUUAAAAUUGUAAAAAGUAUAGUGUAGUAAUUAUGCGAAAAGUGAGUCCUGAUACAAAUGUACAAUGCCUUUUUUACCGUUUUAAUGUAUAAUUAACUAGUCUUGUUUAA